UGUUGACUUUUGUUUGGGAAGACGGAACCUGCGGAGAACACACACCUGUAGAUACACACCUGAACGAAACAUACCUGUAGAAACCCACCUGCGAACCGUGUUGAGACAGUCAGAUAGCAGAGCCGGACCGGAUGGACAAACUGAAGAAGGUUCUGAGUGGAAACGAUGACGGAAACACCGACGGGACCGGAAUCAUAGAGAGAGCCAGUGAGGCGUCCACGCUGGCCUGGGGGACGAGGGUGAAGGGCUUCAUCGUCUGCUUCGUGCUGGGCGUCUUCUGCUCCAUCCUGGGCAGCUGUCUGCUGUGGGUCCCAGUUGUUGGUCUUGCUGUGUUCGCUGUCCUCUACAGUGUGGGAAACAUCUGCGCUCUGGCCAGCACCUUGUUUCUGAUUGGUCCGUGUCGACAGCUGAAGACCAUGUGUGCUAAAGAGAGAGCCUUUGCCACCGCCAUCAUGCUGGUGUGUCUGGUCCUGACUCUGUGUUCUGCGUUCUGGUGGAAGAACAACGGUCUGGCUCUCCUCUUCUGUGUCCUUCAGUUUCUGGCCUUCACCUGGUACGGACUGUCAUACAUCCCCUUCGCCAGAGAUGGAAUCAUCAAAUUAUGUUCGAUGUGUCUCUGAAGUCCCGCCCCUCUGUCUGUCUGACCAGUCAGGAUGCUGCGAGGGGUGUAUCAAUCGGCAGCUGAUCGAAGGCCUUUAAACAUUUCAACCUCCAAAAUUUACAAACUCAGGUGUCGGUUUCCCUGGAGACAGGUUACCUUGUGUUAACCACUGUUAGCUGUUAGCAUGUUAGCCUGUUAACUGUUAGCAAGUUAAUUGUUAAUUGUUAUCUUUUAGCUGUUAGCUGUUAACAUGGUAACUGUUAUCUUUUAACUGUAACUUUCAAUUGUUACUCAUUAGCAUUUUAACUCUAACUUUCAAUUGUUACCCGUUAACAUUUUAACUGUACAUUUUAGCUGUUAGCAUGGUAACUGUUAGCUUAUGGCAUGGUAACUGUUAUCCUUUAACCGUAACUUUCAAUUGUUACCUGUUUAACUGUACAUAUUAGCUGUUAGCAUGGUAACUGUUAACAUUUGCCUGUUCGCAGGUAGCAUGUUAGCUGUUAGCAUGUUAACUUUUAACUGUUAACAUUUAACUGUUGGCUGUUAACUAUUAAUCAUUAGCUGUUAGCAUGUUCACUGUCAACUCACGCAUUUUAAUUGUUAGCACGUUAAAUGUUAACUUUUUACUGUUAGUUGUUAGCUGUUAACUGUUAGCAUGUUAAUUGUUUAUUGUUAGCAUUGUAACUGUUGCCAUGAUAACUGUUAGCUGUUAUCUGUAAGCUUUCAGCAUGGUAACUGUUAAUUCUUACCUGUUAGCUUUUAGUAUGUUAACUGGUAGCUUUUAGCAUGUUAGCUGUUAGCCUGUUAAUUGGUAACCGUUAACCAUUACCUGUUCACAUGCUAACAGCCAGGUGAUAACAGUCAACCAUUAGCACGGUAACUGUUAACUUUUAAUUGUUGCUUGUUAACUCUUAGCUGUCAGCAUGUUAGCUGUCAGCAUGUUAGCUGUUAGCAUCUUAGCUGUCAGAUGUGAUAUUAAUAUGUUUGUAUGUUAUAAAUCGUCGUCACUUUUUGUGUUUUCAGAGACGAGACUAAAAGAUGAAGAACAAAAUAUCAAACAGAUUUUAUUUUAUUAUGUAGAUGAUUUUCAUAACUGUAAAGUUUUAAAUUCAAUAACAGACUAACAGAAAAAAAACUUAAAUUCUGCAGAUUUCAAAUUAAAACAUCAGAUAAAUCUGAAUCUGAAUCUGAUGUGAUGGCAGGGAGAGUGAUGACUUCCUGUUUGCUGCUCACAGAGAAAACUUUAUCGUAACGUUAAAAUGACAAACAGAAAAAAGCACAAAGUAUUUUACGGCGACAGUAAUUAUAUUUAUUUAUACAGAAACUUUUAAAGUGCAGACACAAACACGGACAGCAUAUCAGGCUUUUAUUUUGUCUUCAACAGGAAGUAAAACAUACCAAAGUUUAUUUUUACGGCACCUUUAAACAACAAGACAAAAACCCCCCCCAAAAAAACAGGAUGUAUAUAACGACAAAAACAGAAGAUAAAAAACGAAGAGUCAGAGUUACAGAUUUGAUUUCAGAAAAUACAAACAGAAAACCUGAAUGUUGAUUUUAAUGUUUCAUGUUUAAUCUGAGGUUUAAGAAUUCCUACGCACCUUGAAUGUCUCAGACAGGAGGACUGUAGUUUCAGUUUUCUUCAGGUCGUCUUCUUGUUUUAUGGUUAGAAUCAUUUCAGUACAAACAUUUCACUCAUGUCUUUAUCAGUUCGCCUGUCACAGGAUUAGAAAAUUUCUGGGAUGUUUUCAGUAAAUUUUGUGUAAAAUUUAUUCGGGAAGUAAAGCUCAGGAGUUUGUUACAUAUUUUCUUUAUUUUUUCGUAGUUUAAAAAAAUGUACCUGUGAAAUGUAAACUCAUUUUGUUGGAAAAUGCACAUUAGAAAGCAAGACUAAGUCUGAUGAUACAUCAGGUUAAAAGUAUGUAUGUUUGUGAAGGGUCAGUAAACUUCCCAAAAAUGUCUGGUAAAAUUUUAGUAAAUGCCCGCUAAGUUUUUGUAAAUGUCAGCUAAAUUUCCAGUAAAUGUCCAUGUAGUUUCCAGUAAAUAUCUGGUCAAUUUUCAGUAAAUGUCCAGUAAUUUCUCAGUAAAUCAGAUGUCCAGUGUAGGUCCAUAUAUUUUCAUGAAAAAUAUCAGGUAUAGUGUAUUUCCAGUAAAUAUCUGGUAAAUUUCAAGUCAACGUCCACUAAAUUUCCAGUAAAUGUUGAGUAAAUGUCCAGUAUGUUCUCAGUGGGUGUCCAGUAUAUUUCCAAAACAUGUCCAGUAACAUUGUGGUAAAUUAUCAGUAAAUGUCAUGUACAUUUUCACUGAAUUUCUUGUACAUUUCUAGUAAAUUUCCAGUAAAUUUCCGGGAAAUUUGAAGUCAAUAUCAGCUAAAUGUCAAGUACAUUUUCUGUAUGGCGAGGACAUUGUUGGUAAAUGUCUGCUAAAUAUUCCAGGGAAGUUGAGCUCAGGAGUGUUGUUUAAGAAAUAUAUAGUUCUUAAAAUUUUACCAUAAAAAUGUACCUGUUAUUAGCCAGGA